UGUUGGCAUUGUCUCUUAAUUGAAAUUCGUCAUCACUCCCCAUCCAUCCAUUAAUGGAAGCAUUGGAUUGACCAAAGACAUUGAAUUGAAAUGGAGAAGCGUGAAAUGAGGAUAAGAUGUGGCGUAGGGAAGUCAGAAAACAGGUGCCUCAUUCUGUUCCCGCUGCUGCCGAUGACUGUGAGCAGCUCCGAAAAGCCUUCGCAGGUUGGGGGACAAACGAAGGGCUGAUCAUAUCCAUCUUGUCUCAUAGAAAUGAUAGUCAGAAGAAGCUUAUCCGAGAAACUUAUGCCAAGACCUUCGGAGAAGAUCUCCUCAAGGUCUUGGACAAAGAACUCACCAGCGAUUUUGAGAGGCUGGUUCAUCUUUGGACACUUGAUUCUGCUGAACGUGAUGCUUUUUUGGCAAAUGAGGCAGCUAAAAAGUGGACUUCAAGCAAUCGGGUUCUGGUAGAAAUAGCCUGCGCUAGGUCCUCCGAACAAUUGUUGGCUGCGAGGAGGGCGUACCAUGCUCUUUAUAAGAAGUCCAUUGAGGAGGAUGUUGCACUUCGCACAACCGGGGACUUCCGUAAGCUCCUAGUACUUCUUGUUAGUUCUUAUAGAUAUGAAGGAACUGAGGUCGACUUGAACUUGGCAAAAAUUGAGGCAAAAUUGCUGCAUGACAAGAUUUCAAAAAAGGCUUAUAACGAUGACGACCUAAUCAGGAUUUUCGCUACAAGGAGCAGAGCACAGACUAAUGCUACUUUUAAUCAUUACAAAGAUGAAUUUGGAAAAGAUAUCAACAAGGACCUGAAGGCUGAUCCAAAGAAUGAAUUCCUGACUUUACUAAGAGCAACUUCGAAGUGCUUGAUCCAUCCUGAGAAGUACUUUGCGAAGGUUCUCCGUUUGGCUAUCAACGGGCGAGGGACCCUUGAAGAAGACCUUACAAGAGUGGUGGUCACGAGAGCGGAAGUUGAUUUGAAAACGAUUGGAGAUGAGUAUCAAAGGAGGAACAGUGUCCCUCUUGAUCGUGCCAUUGCCAAGGACACCAGUGGUGACUAUGAGAAAAUGCUUUUGGAGCUUUUAGGACACGAGGAUGCUAAAUAGAAUGUUUGUACUUGUGGCAGAGAUACUAAAUAGAAUGCAGCGUGAUGAUCUAGUGGUUCCAUGUUGUGUUUUGGACCAUUAUGUCUUCCUGAGUUGAAUAAAUAUAUACCUCCUUGGCUCA